UCCAAUAUUUUCUCUGGCAUCUCAGACUUACAUAAAUAUUUACUCGAAUUGCUUGGAAAAAAAGUUUAAUCGCCUUCGUUGGUGCUUUCGGUUGUGAAGGACCGAAGGGCUUCUUCGAAACGCCACUCUCGUAGAUCGCCGAAGUCAACGCAAGCAUCGUGAGAACAACGGCAUCAACUAAUCUACAAAAGCAGGGCGGAGAUCUUCUUUCUCAUCUUAUCGGUUCGUUCCUGGCGUAGGUUUUGCUGCUAAGAUUCUUGUUCCGAGAGCUGAAAAUAGAGAAUGGGGAUAUUCACGAAGGGUUUCACAUUUGCAGUGGGAAUUGGCUUUGGAAUCUUUAUUGCUCAAAACUACGAUGUCCCAAACAUGAAGAAGCUUCUCAGUGAAUGGUCUUCUAAGGCAAAACACGUUGAAGAAAGCUAUAGGAAGCCAAAGAAAGAUGAUAAAUAGUCUUUGG